UAUUAGUGAAAGGCUGAGGGGAAGAAAGAAACCCGAGAGAGAAGGUGAGAUGGGGAGCCAAUUGCUCUGGAAAUGGCAUAUCGGUUUGGGAUAUCAUUUGGUUCGUUCAUGUUCUUCCUUUUAUAAUUAUCCUUUUUCUUCGUCAUCUCCAAGCUUAGUCUUUCAUAAAGCUUCUUGCCCAACCCCACCACUGAGAAUUUUAGGAACGGGAAGAGGAAGAGGAACUACGUGGGUGUGCUCGCAGCAAGAGCAACGAUAUACAUAUGCGACAGCUAAUAAUAACCUGAACAAUGAUGAUGAUGGUGAUAAGAAGGUGUAUGGGAAUUGGAAGGGGAAAGAAUACCUGGAAAUGACGGACCAGGAGCUGAUGAGGCAGUGCGAAAUGGACACCUUCAAGUCAUCGGGCCCCGGUGGUCAGCACCGCAACAAGCGAGAGUCCGCCGUCCGUCUCAAGCACCUCCCCACCGGUCUUAUUGCUCAGGCUGUUGAGGAUCGAUCGCAGCACAUGAACCGCGCUUCAGCUUUAGCGCGCCUCCGUACUCUCUUGGCACUUAAUGUGAGGAGCAGUGUGGACCUUGAGGCUUAUUCACCACCUCCGGAACUCCUUCGGAUUCUUCCUCCUAAGUCCACCGUCAGACCCUCCGACUCUGGUCCCCAAAUUGGACCAAACAACCCCAAAUACCUUUUGGGAAUGCAAGCUCUCUUGGAUGUAGUUUUUGCAGUUGAGGGUUCUGUAGCAGAAGCGGCCAAGUUUCUUGGCUUAAGCACCGGUGCACUAUCACGCUUAAUACUCUCCAAUGAUUCUCUUCGAAUGGCCAUCAAUGAACUGAGGACUUCGAAGGGUAUGAAGCCUCUCAAGUAGGAGUUCUUGGAUGCUAAUUGCACAUGUCAGGACUUUGAAAGAGGUUGCUAUGGCAUCGUCUUAUAUAUGGUUUGACUCCAAAUUGAAAAAACUUGUGUGCGGCAGUCAGAGCACGUAUACUACGGGGAAAUCGUAUAUGGUGGAAUUCUUACCUGUCUGACUCUGAUGUUCUGCAUUGCUACUAACACUUCGAAAUUAGAGAGGCAGACAUGGUAGGAUGCCAUUCAGAUUUAGUUAAAUGUGUCAAGCUAGAGGAAGGUUAUUUUUCCAUCAGUAUCAGUGACAAUGUCAGUGAUGGUGAUCGGGUUCAAAGCGGUGGAGCAUGGGUGGUGAAUGGGUGAAUGCGUGUGAUUGAAAUUGAACAAUGGCGGGUUCAGUUAUAGCUUAUUCUGUAUUGUAAAGUCAAAUUUGAAUGAUAUAGAAUAUUUUUGUUAGGCUGCCAACAGCAAUUCCCUUUUGAAACUCUAUUACAAAAAAUCUCGAAAUUGAUUCAAUGCAUAUUUAUUCUAUUCCCUCUCA